UCUGCGCAGGUCACACACUUCUUUCUGGUGUUCAAAACAUUUGCGAAAAGGCAAAAUGGCAGCAUCGAACAGGAUCACUCGUUUUGUUCGAAGAUGUUUCCAUACAAGCCUUAUGACAAGAAAAAUACCAGUUCCUUCGAAAUUCAACGAGCCAUUAAGUGCUCUUCAAGCACCGAGACCUGGGGGUAUUGCCACUAUGAUGAGGUUGCCCGUGCAGGAAACAACAGAAGGUCUUGAUGUUUGCUUCGUUGGAGUUCCACUUGACGCUGGAACAACAAACCGAUCGGGAACAAGAAUGGGCCCAAGACAAAUCAGGACAGAAUCAGUGCAAAUCCGGCGAUUCAACAAUGCGACAAAGGCAUCACCAUUUGAGUCUCUGAUGGUUGCUGAUGUUGGUGACGUGGCCUUUAAUAUGUUCAACCUACCAGAAGCAGUGAAACAAAUCAAAGAGCGAGCGUCAGAGCUGAUUAAAAAUGGGUGCAAGCCAUUGGUUAUGGGAGGAGAUCACACAAUCUCUUAUCCUUUGUUACAAGCAAUGAAGGAGAAAUAUGGCAAAGUUGGUCUGGUGCAUGUUGAUGCCCAUACAGAUCUGUAUGGUGAAAUGUUAGGUGCAAAAAUUCACCAUGGAAAUCCAUUUUUGCUGGCUGUUGAAGAAGGUCUUAUAGACUGCAAUCGUGUUGCACAAAUUGGACUGCGUGGCUCAGGGUAUGAAGACGAUUACGCACUUCCACGAAAGCUGGGAUUUAAAGUUGUUCCUGCAACAGAGUGUUGGGGCAAACAUAUGGAGCCACUUAUGGAAGAAGUCCGCCAAUUAAUUGGAGAUGGUCCUGUUUAUAUAAGUUUCGAUAUUGAUGCAAUUGACCCAGGAUACUGUCCCGGCACUGGCACACCAGAAAUUUGCGGCCUAACAACUAUUCAAGCUGUGCAAAUAAUUAGAGGGUUGCGUGGACUAAAUAUAAUUGGUGGAGAUCUCGUAGAGGUGUCUCCUCCAUACGAUAGAAAUGGAACAACCGCCCUAACUGCUGCAAAUUUAUUAUUUGAAAUGCUGUGCGUUCUUCCAGGAGUAAAAUACCAUGCGUAACAAGGACAGUGGACAACUAAAAUUUCUUAGAAUAAAAUAUAGCAUGAAACUCUAGACGGGGACUUUUAUUGUUGAUAAUUCUAAAAAUGAAAUCAAAUUAUGGAAAUAUUGUAUGGAUAUUAUUUGUAGAAAGAAACAAAAUCUGAAGUAAA